CUGACAGUUGAUCCAUUCAAGGCAACCUGAAUGCUUUUCAACUUCCAUUCCAAAUCUUCCUCAUGCAAACUCGAUAGUAGUGGAACCACGUGGUCUAGGAAGAUGGAUGCCCCACGCAGUCCUAUAUCGUCAGCAUCAUCCUUGUCGAUAUGUAGUGAUGGAAUCCUGCGGCGUAGUUCAGGUGAUUGUGUGGAUAGUGGCAGGAUGGAUAGACGAGGUCACUUAAUACAUGAUGGGUCCAAAUCGCACUCUAUAUCCUUUGCUGAUGAGGUGGAAGGGGAUAGUGGAUCUUUGGAGAACGUUUUCAUUGUGGAAAGUUUCAAGGCAUACUAUACCGAGGAUGAGUUCCAUUCUGGCAAAAGGCAUCGUGGAUGCUUCAGUUUACGAGGCAUCUUCUAGUUUCCUUUUGCCCUAUUAUCGCCUAACUCACAUAAUGCUUGUCCUCAGCAUCAAUGAUGCUUGCUGUGGACGGCGUGAUGUGUGAUGGAAUGAAGCCAGUUGUAUAGGUAAGAUGUUUUCGUCACCACGUACCUUAGUUUCGCAUGUAGUUGUAAAUACCAAAGCAACUGUCGUGUAUAACCACGGUGAUGCACAUCAUCAUUCUCUGUCGAUCUGUAUUGAGGCCUUCCUCUAUCUCCGUGUUCAACUGUCUCUUAUGCUUACAUCUCCACUGUUGCCGUGACUUCCGCUACGACUUCUGUCCCAUGCAUGUUUGUGGUCCCGUAUUUUGGAACUACGAGUUCUUCUCGCUGAUACGAGUAUGGAGAUAGUCGUUGGAUCGUCGGUAUAUCGUUGGAGGUGUGGCAAUGUCUCUGGUGGUGUAGCAAUGUUUGUUCGCUUGUCAAAGAUUCUUAUUCAUCUUGCGGAGUGAUCAGUGAGUGCUAGGAGGCGCCAUCCGGUAAUGCAGCACUGCUGCAGCAGCAGUUGUAGCAGAGUUUUGUAUCAAGCUCACCUUGUUGCCUGAGGAAGGUAGGCUCCCCUUUUCCGUCACCAACGUCAUGUGUGUCCAGCCCUGUGCUCCAUCAUGACUCAACCGCCGUUGAUAUAACUAAUCUCAGCGCGGUAUGCCUGAUCUAGUGGAUUUUGUAUCGUUACUAUCCCUAGUCCGAACAUUGACCAUCGUUCAUUAAGGAUGAUAGAUGAUAACCUAUCUACCGUAGUGGAAACCGUCUACUUACACAAGGAGGUGGUUCUGCAACAACUUUUCCAUCAUUCUCAACUUCUAAUUGUUGUUACAUGAUAACUUCGAGGCGACAACUGCCCUUUUGUAGUGUCAUUCUGUAUCUCAUUACUGGCUACUAUGUCUUGGUCUUACCAUUGUCAACAUGCUUCCGUAUCUUAUCUUGAUAUGAUUUCCCGAAUCUGGAGGUAACUCGGCUUGCGAUACUUGGUGAUGUGGUAUGUAGAUAAAUUGCUGCUCUUCUUACACGGGCUGGUUAUUAUUAUCUUCAUAUCGGCUUCGCGAUAGGCGAGCUGCGAUGGUUCAUGCCAAAGUAUCAUCAUUAUUGUCGCCGGCGUUAAGUAGGGUCUUAUCGUCCAUGAGUCUCCCAUCAAUCUACCGCAUCAUCUCAU